AUGUACAUCUCCGCCCCCUUGCACACCCCCUUUCCACCCUCCUACCCGCACGCCCACGCACCCGCGCACGUCUCCCUCCGUCGCCGCCUCAUCACCUCGCUCAAAGACUUUGCCCAGCGCCGCCUUCCACCCCGCCUUGCCCGCUUUAUCCCCCGCUCCACACAAACCACAGCUCAUGCUGCCCAUGCAUAUUACACCACACCAGAGAUCCCGCUGCGCUCCCCGGAGAGGGGGAGGACGAGGGAGCCGAAGUCGGCGAGGUUGAGGAGGCAGGGGUAUGAUUCGGGGCUGCCGGUGUGGUUGGCGUGGGCGGCGGGGGGAAAAUAG